CCUUGUAACAAACAUAAACAAAAAUGCUCGGCCAAAAUUACAGUUCAAAAAUGAGCAUUUCAAUCAAGCAUAAGUAAUUUGUGAGCCGGUUUUAAGUAGAAUGCGGUUUAAACUUACGAAGACCGUAACUUUCUUUCUGUUCAUCGUCCAUUGCCUAGUUUUCUAUUACAUAGUACGUUAUUUUGGGAAAUUCAACGAGUUUACUACUUUCACGCCGCAAGUAUCGUUAAAACCCACCACACAGAAUCCCAUUAAACACAUAAGCAAGAUCGUAACGGUAGUUAUUAGAGAUUUUGAGCCGUACGAAAACGAUGUAACCCUCACAGCUCAGUCUUUCAUAAAUGUUUUUCCUAAUAUUAACAUACUCAUUCUCUAUGACGUACUCCCGUAUCCACCUUUAGAUAUAACACUAACUAAUUCUACACUUGCCAAUGUAAAACUAAUAAAUCUUUCACCAAAUUUGAAGACUCCUUUGGUAGAAAGAUAUCCUGUGUUUGAAAUAAAGACAAAAUAUGUAUUGUUUGUACCUGAUUCCACAAGACUUACAUCCCGCCAGUCAGUGCAAGCAAUGGUUAAUGAUCUCAGAAGGCAACCGAAUAGCAUAGUGGUGGCACCCUUAAAUGGAGGAAAGAAGGAUUUUAAUUGUUUAAGGAUUAACGUCAACGUUAAGGAAUGGACUUUAAAAUACAGCACCCUUAAAAGUUUAACUUGUGACGCCGUUUCUGGAAGACAUUUAAUUUUACUUGAGACUGAUAUUUUGAGAAAACUCACAUAUGCAUUUUUCAUGCCAUUUCCUCAGUCACUGUAUAUUCAGACUUCAUUGUUACCAGUAAAGGUGAGAAUUCUUAAUCGUGUUUCUUUUCAUGAUGGAAAGCCAGUAUUAAAAUCCCAUCAUGCCCAGUGGAAAAAGAAACAAACUGAUCAAGGAAGAUUUAAAAAGCUCUAUGAAGCACUCAAAAUCAAGCAGGUUGUUAGGGAAACUGGUGUAACAGAAUGGUUUGGCUGCAACCGAGAUACAAUGAGGUGUUUUGGUAAUAUUGUUGAAUCUAUGCCCUCUUAUUUAUAUGAAGGAAAGUGGACACCACCUUGUUGUUUGUCAAAUCUAAAGAAAACAGCAAAAUAUGUAUUCAAUGUUCUUGAUGAAGCUGGUAUACGCUACUGGUUGGAAGCUGGAAGUUUGUUGGGGGCUAUGAGAAGUGGGGAUAUUCUUCCUUGGGAUCAUGAUGUUGACAUUGGAUUCAAUAGGGAUGACUUGCACAGAUGUUCCUGGUUGCUUCGCGCGAAGGAAAGACCUAUUGUAGACAACAAAGGUUUCUUAUGGGAAAAGGCUACUGCCGGAAAUUUCUAUAGGGUACAUUUUAGUAAAAUGAAUAGAAUUCAUGUUAAUCUGUUUCCAUUUUAUACGAAAAAUGGUACAAUGACGAAAGAUUCUUGGUUUACCAGUCAUAAGAACAUGGAGUUUCCUGAUAAUUUUUUACAUCCUAUGUCUAGUAUUGAGUUUAUUGGCAGGAAUGUGCCAAGUCCAAAUAAUAUUAGAGACUUUCUAGAACUAAAAUUUGGCAAAGGAGCCAUUGAGAAUCCUGAAUAUCCAGAUCCUACAAAAAUAAAAUUUCCUUAGAAUCCACUAACUUAUCUAUGUUACAAUUUAUGCCAAAGUAUUUUUCUAUAAGUACAAAUAUUAUUCAGGAAGAAUUUUGCACAUUUACUUCCAAUUUAAUUAAAUUUGCCAAAAUAAUUGUAGUUGUAGUUGUUUUAGAUCUUGACUGUUUUUCUAUAGUAUUCUAUAUAUUUCGUUUUGUAUAUAUUUAAACAGAAUCGUUAAUUAUAAAUACAUUUUUGUAAAUACCUGCAGUUACACAUGUAAAUAUUCUUUAUACCAAGUAUAAUCUCAUGUAAAUUUUGUAAUCUAGUCAGAAAAUUAACUAAUAAUUUAUUCUUUAAUAUUGUAAAAAUAUUAAAUUAUUCUAUUGUGCCAAAAAUGCAUGUUACUUGUACCUAAUAUUGUUUAAAUG